CAGGUGAUGUUACUUGGAGACUCGGGCGUGGGGAAAACCUGCUUCCUACUCCAGUUCAAAGACGGGGCCUUUCUCUCCAGGACGUUCAUAGCCACCGUGGGCAUAGAUUUCCGGAACAAGGUGGUGGCUGUGGAUGGCGUGAAGGUGAAGUUGCAGAUCUGGGACACGGCAGGACAGGAGCGUUUCCGCAGUGUCACCCACGCCUACUACAGGGAUGCCCAAGCCCUGCUCCUGCUCUACGAUAUCACCAGCAAGAUGUCCUUCGACAACAUCCGCGCCUGGCUGACAGAGAUCCACGAGUACGCCCAGAAGGACGUGGUCAUCAUGCUGCUGGGCAAUAAGGCCGACGUGAGCAGCGAGAGAGCUGUGAGGACGGAGGAUGGAGCAUCUCUGGCCAGGGAGUAUGGGGUGCCUUUCAUGGAGACGAGCGCCAAGACAGGCAUGAACGUGGAGCUGGCCUUCCUGGCCAUUGCCAAGGAGCUGAAGCAGCGCGCGGUGCAGCUGCCGGAUGAGCCCCGCUUCCAGAUCCACGACUACAUCGAGUCGCAGAAGAAGAAAUCCAGCUGCUGUGCCUUCGCCUGA